AUGAGCGCCUUAUUUGACUUUGAGACGGUCUUGUAUGUGCUGCUUUUGGUUGUGUGCACUGCAACGUACCUUAGGCAAUUCAGACCCACAGUGUACCACCGUGAUAGCGUUGAGCUCUACAAGAAGUUCCUCUACAAGUGUAGCGUGGUGGGCGAUCGCCUCUCUCCGUGGGUCUCCAUUUGCUGUCUCGUCUUGGCGUUUCGCGUCAUUUUUGUGUAUUGA